ACCAGAGAGACUAUAAUAUGUUUAUACGAAUCAGAUGAUUUUUCGAAAGUAGAUUUCACACGUAAACACUUAUGUCCUCAAACGGUUUUUGAUGACAGUUUGCGAGUAAAACAAGUAAAGUAUUAUUGAACGAUGGAUCAUGGUGCUAAUAAUCUGGCUGAAGUGGAAAAUUUUCACUAUAUAUACAGUUGUGAUUUGAACAUUCCAGUUGAAGUGAAAAUCGGAACUUUGGAAGGGGAUAGGAAGAAACCUUCUUACAAAGAUCUAUUGGACGAUCCCCUAUCCCAUUUUAUUCACACACAAAGUCCGAAGAAUAACUCUGACUUGCUCGUAACGUGCCAGUUAUUUUCAGGAGAUAGAGAAAUCUGUUUACCAAUAAGUACUGCUUACAAACCAUUUUCCACCAGAUUUAACUGGAAUGAAUGGAUUAAACUACCAGUUCGAUAUAGUGACCUACCACGAGAAGCCAUCCUUGGAUUUACAAUUUGGGAAGCAUGCAGAACGGAGGAUUCGAAGGCGGUUGGAGGGACUACGUUGAAUAUAUUUAGCAAACGAGGUGUACUUAGGCAAGGCAUGUAUGACUUGAAAGUCUGGCCAAAUGUUGAAGCGGACGGUUUACAUGGAACCACAGACGGUCGAGUUAGUGGCCAAAUGGAUGAGAUGGGUAGACUUUCUAAACUGGCAAAGCGUCAUAGAAACGGGCAAAUGCCAAAAGUAGAUUGGUUGGAUAGACUUGCAUUUAGAGAAAUCGAGAAGAUAAACGCUCGUCAAAAGAAGGAAUCGAAUAAUAUUUAUCUAAAUAUUGAAUUUCCUCGUAUUCACUUGAACGACAUAAAUCAUAGCGUUGUUUACUACGAAGAAGGUGCCGACGAUGUCAACAUCUUUCAAACUGCAUCGGAAGACUCCUUAAUGCUUUUUGAUCCCGACAUUAACGAAGAUAAUCUAGUCGAAAAUAAGCAUCACAUAUUAACAAGAUGUCAAAAGAGUGCAGCUGUAGAUAAGGAGCUAAAACCUAAUGCAGAAGAUAAAAAGAGACUUGGGAAAAUUGUCGAUUAUCCCAGUAGUCGUAGUUUAACGGCAGAUGAGAAAGAUUUUCUUUGGAAAUUUCGUUAUCAUUUAUCAGCUGAGAAAAAGGCUUUAACGAAAUUCUUAAGAACGGUCGAUUUCAACGUUACGGAAGAAAAGAAUCAUGCUUUAGAAAUGAUGUGGAAUUGGGAACCUAUUGAUCCUGAAGAUGCUUUAGAAUUGUUGGGUAAAGAAUGGCAGGAACAAAAUAUCAGGGAAUAUGCAGUGUCUAGAUUAAAUAGAGCAGAAAAUGAGGAUUUAUUACUUUAUUUAUUACAGCUGGUUCAGGGUUUACGAUAUGAAAAUCCAGACUGUAUUAUGAAUGGUUUAAGAGAAGAUGAAAAGCGCUAUAAAAAUAUGAAUAGAAGACCGUCGACAAGCAGAAAUGAGAUUGAAAUUAGCCGCUGUUCGGAUGAUACUCAAAUUACUGAUUCAACUUCAUCAAAAAUCAGUAAUAAAAUAAAUGAAUAUAAUAAUCUUCCAGCAUUUUUAAUAUAUCGGGCAAAAGAAGAUUUUGUUUUAACAAAUUACUUCUAUUGGUACUUAGUAGCUGAACAACCGGAUCAGAUAGCUGGUAAAGAAUCUAGUUCAUUUCAAAAUAAUAUAUUCUCAAGAAUGUUAGAAUGGUUUGCUCUUGUUUUAAAUUCUUCUGAUGAAAAAACAAAGCAAACUUAUCAUCAUUUAAAGUGUCAGCAACAGUUAGUAAGAAAUUUAACGCAGCUUACUGAACAUCUUUCAAGAUUUAAUACAAGACAGAAGAAGAUUGAAAGAUUAAGAGAAAUGUUAAAGGAUCAAGAACCUGGAAAGUUCAAUUUCGUUCAAUUUAAUCCUCUACCAUUACCUUUAGAUCCUGCAGUUACAGUCAACUCUAUAGUUGUAGACGAUGCAUCUGUCUUUAAUGUAGGUCUUGGUAACUUAAUUAGAAUACUUAAUAUUGUAUCAUUUUACUUUUCAAUUAAACAGAGUUCAAUGGCACCAUGUAGAUUAACAUUUAGGAAAUAUGAAUCAAAUGAUGAUAAAGAUAAUUACGUAACAAUAUUUAAGCAUGGUGACGAUAUGAGACAAGAUCAACUUGUUCUGCAGAUGAUAACAUUAAUGGAUAGAAUUUUACGAAAAGAGAAUUUAGAUUUAAAGUUAACUCCGUAUAAAGUUUUGGCAUUUGAUAAUAAACACGGCCUAGUUGAAUUUGUAGAAUCGCAACCAGUUAGAGAAAUUUUGGGUAAAGAUGGUAGCAUAUUAGAAUAUUUACGGAAGAAGGCUCCUUGUAAUGAUGAAAAAGCUCCGUACGGUGUACAACCAGAAGUUUUAGAUAAUUAUAUCCGUAGCGUUGCUGGUUAUACGGUUAUUACUUAUCUAUUAGGAGUUGGUGAUAGGCAUUACGAUAAUCUACUCUUAAGAGAGAAUGGUAAACUAUUUCAUAUCGAUUUUGGUUAUAUAUUGGGAAGAGAUCCAAAGCCUAUGGCUCCACCUAUAAAGUUGGGUAAAGAGAUCUUGUUAGAUGUUAUUGGCGGUAAAGAUUCUGAAUAUUUUACAACGUUUAAAAAUCACACUAUAACCGCUUAUUUAAGCCUUAGAAGAUCAGCAAAUUUAAUAUCCAAUUUAUUUUCCCUAAUGUUGGAUGCUAACGUUCCUGACAUUGCCUUGGAAGCUGAUAAAACAUUAAAGAAAGUACAAGAUAAAUUUCAUUUAGAGUUACACGAAGAGAAAGCUGUUGAAGAAUUAACGAAAAUCAUUGAAGAAUCUAUGUCAGCGAAAUUUGCAGCAUUCUUAGAACAAUUACAUAAAUUUGCCAUUAAUAUGCGACAAUAG